CACACGAUCGUACCAGACGCGUCUUCAGUGGAUGCUUGCGCAAUGGCGAGACAACAUUGAUUCUUCAAGUUCCUAAGCCUAUUUUCAAGUACAAUAGCGCAUUUGGUUAACCGAGUUUGCUUUUUUUUUUUCUUUUUUUUCUGAGGAUUACUGGUAAUUCUCUCCGCUUCUUCGUCAACCAUCUUCAUUGUCACUUACGCGAAUGGACAAAUCCAUCAAAUCGGCCAAGGAUGGAUCAUUUGAAGCAAUGAUGGCGCUGGCCUUGCAAGCUGGCAGAAAUCGAAGAGCCCAUCAAGCUUUUUUCCGUGUCGUGGAAGAAAACCUCAGGUUCAACACACCAACUAUCCAGGCCUUGAAGCGAGGAAGCUUCCCACUAGUCCCCUCACUCGAUCCCAAAGAUGUAGUCAAUCGGAGUUGCACUUCGAUGCUCGCACUAGCCACAGGCAUUCGUGACGGUCUCCUCCUCCAGCCUGCAUGUUUGGCGGAGUCCACUUCCUCCAUGUUCGCCCUUAUGCCCGCCAUAUCGUUCUGGUUGAGUCUCUUCUGCGAGCGCAUCAUUACACCAUCCCGAACACCCGACUUCAAGUUCAUGGACUUCCACCACGCCGUCGUAUUCAUCCUAGCCUGGACCACAAAUCAAAAAAAGCUUACGUUGGAACCGAAAAUCUUCACAGAUUAUCUCCCCUUCCUUUGGUUUAACCCUCCCCCUGGCUGUGCGAAGUACAAUCUCGACGAUGCCCGAUCAGUAUUCACUGCUGUAUAUCAUGCGGUCCUCGCAUGCGAAUCAACACCUUGGAGAGGCAUUCUCGUUGACCGGAUGGAGGAAAACAGUACACUCACCGCUAAACUCGUUGUCCAAUUCAUUGUGGACGGAUUCGCUCAUCUCCCAGAGGAACCAGAUGCGACGCUUCUCUCCCAAACUUUUUUGACCGUCGCAGCUUCCACCCUUCAGCUCUCUGUCCAAUCUCUACCCAUCCACACCGCUCUACUGAGAAACAAUAGUAUCCAAUGGAUGGCUCUUGUUUUGCGAUACGUUACCCGGCGCACCCGAUUCACCUAUGUGGCACUGCGCGUAGCUACGGAUUGCGUGUCCAGGUGUCUGCGUUACAUCCUCAGAGUCAUGCAGGAUGGGCAUUCGUACAUCUAUCAGUUCCUGGGCUACGACAUCCUCCCCUGUCUCCUCAAGGCGUUCCGCAACAUGCAUGCUCAUCCCGAGCUCAUCGACCAGGAGUUUAAAGGACUCAAGACCCUCUUGGAGGAUCAUGCUGUGGAGAUCCUACACUUGGUUAUAUCUCAUUUUGCCUACGCCUCGAUUCUGAAGCGGACCAGAAAGGCCAUCUCCAAAAUACGGCGACUGCAUGUUGACGGAUUCCUCGAAUCCAAAGACCUAGGUUUGAAGAGGGUUUGCGAAGAGUGGACCCAAUUUGUAAACAUUGCUUUUUACCGAUCUGAUAUGACGAGAUCUAUAUCUGAUUCGUCUUGCGGUAACGGACAGUGUCCUGGAACGUUUGUCGAAAAGUUUACGGUUUGUUCUGGAUGCCAGUUCACGCGGUAUUGCUCGCGGACAUGCCAAAAGGAUGACUGGUCUCGGACAUCCACUGGGCACCGCUCUCUCUGCAACGAGAUUAAAGAGAUCAGAACCAAUGCUGAUCCCUUGCCUAUGUCUUUCAGCGAUCGGAGAGCCAUUGCGACCCUCAACAGUCAUUAUGUGGAGUAUCACGAAGAAGUGCCUUCAGAGCGGGAAGAGCUGUUGGACGAGUAUACCGCAGAGAAUGGAGAGCCUGAUCCUUUGUGGCCUUUGGUUUUGGUACUGGAUUACCGUGCUAUCAAUGUCGAACCUUACCUCUAUCUCGAGUCUUCGGAACAAUGUGUUGAAGAUUGGGAGAUCGUAGUUGCGGCGCGAAGAGGGGCUGGAACCAUCGUAGGUUGGAUAAUCCCAGACGGGCAGCGUAUAGUGACAAAGGUGGAAUUGGUUCCUGUUAUGGAUCUGCCGAAAUCCGGAUAUGCUAGCACGAGGCAAGGAGCGGUGAUCGAAGUGAGGUAAGAUUAAUUAGGAAUGAUGUACGUCGUUAGAG